AUGUCCGGUGGUUCCCUCGGUCCAUCGCAAAAGCCGGAAGCGGGUCGAAGCCGUGAAGCGCUCAGCGACGAGGCACGAACGUCCGUCGAGGCAGCACAGGUGAAGACCCGGGUGGGCUGGUGUGGCCAGGGCUCGCAUGAGUUUUGUUCAGGUCCGCCACGGCACAGUGGCGGCAAGAACGGUGUUGGCAAGAACGGUGUUGGCAAGAACGGUGUUGGCAAGAACGGUGUUGGCAAGAACGGUGUUGGCAAGAACGGUGUUGGCAAGAACGGUGUUGGCAAGAACGGUGUUGGCAAGAACGGUGGCGGCGAGGACGGUGUCGGCGGACAGACAAUAUCACCGUGGCCGAUGAACAUGGAGUAA